AUGAUUACUGCCGUUGGAAUUGUGCUUUUAACCAUUGAUGCGGUUAUUCUGGCGGCUUCCGGUUCAUGCUCCUUGUUUAUUUUUGCCGUGGAUUUGCUGGAUUUGAUCAAUACCAAAAAACUAAAAUUAACUGAUCAGCUGAUCUUUGGUAUCAGUAUCUCAGGCAUUUUAUUUGCAUUGCUUAAGAUCUACAGGCAUGUUGCCUUGGUGUUUAUGUGGGGUUUCAUAUUUGAUGUAAAUAAUGGGAUUAUGCUUGCUUUUUAUAUGAUGCUAAUGUCCUUUAAUCUCUGGUUUUGCACUUGGCUCUGUCUGCACUUCUGCUUAAAAAUUGUCAACGUCAAUAACGGUUUCUACAUCUUCCUACAGAGAAGAUUCUUCAAGAUGUUUCCAUGGCUUUACUUUCCAUCGGUAAUGGGAUCUCUUCUAGUAGCAAUACCCUUUGCUUGGUAUGGAACAAACUCUUUGCAAAUGAACACAACACGCUGUGAUACUAUUGGCAAUGGGUCUUUAACUUACAUGACCAGUAGGAAGCAGAGUAACUUCUUGUAUGCUUAUCUAGUAGCAUCAACCCUUGGCUUUGUGUUGUGCUCGGCUUCAGUUGUGACAAUUAUCUUUUCUCUGUAUGGACACGUGAAGAAGAUGAGACUUAAUUCUGAGGGUUCCAGAAUGCCCACAAUGAAAGCUCAUGUCCAUGCAGCCAAAACAGUUGCAUCUUUAUUAUUUCAAUAUAUUAUUUUGUUUACUAUAUUAAUUAUAGUUGUGUUUAAAGUAGAUGAACUGUUAUGUGACAUUUUUAGCAUAAUUACUUCGGUAUCACAUUUAAUCUGUUUUCUUAACCUCAUAAAAGGAAACAUGAAACUUGAUAAAGCCCUUCGAAACAUCUUAGCAAGGUGUCCUUUUCAUGGAGUCUUCGAAAUCCUAGCCUAA